GUCAUUUAAUCGUGAAGUAUUGCCACCUAGAAAGAACGUGUGAAAGGAGUCUUAAGACAGUCAUAAUUAAAAAGAAUACUUUCUUAACGUUUCCGUUCUUGAGUGGUUACAUUGUCAGCUCGCAUUCUCAGAGGCUCGUUAAAAUUUGUACCUAGCACAGCCAAGAAAUACGCUGGUGGCGGCUCCUUUAAUUUUUAACUUUUCCUGGGUCGUCAUGAUGACAUAGGCUUCACUGUGUUCAACCCCACCGCUGAAAUAUGGCUCCAGCUUCUGGUUGUUGUUACCUAGGGUUUGAUUUCAGUACCCAGCAGCUAAAAGUGAUUGCUGUUGAUGAACAUCUGGACGUCGUUUAUCAAGACAGUGUGCAGUUUGACAAUGAGAUUCCUGAAUACAGGACCCAAGGUGGGGUUCAUUUCCACAGUGACAGAUUAACUGUUACUUCUCCAGUGCUGAUGUGGGUUAAGGCGGUAGAUAACAUUCUUGAAAAGAUGAAGAUUUCUGGUUUUGAGUUCACUCGUGUAAAAGCCUUAUCAGGAAGUGGACAGCAACAUGGUAGCAUAUAUUGGAAAAAAGGUGCCGAGACGGUCCUCCAGAACCUUGCACAUGAUAAGCCUUUGCAUGAGCAGAUGAAGGACAGUUUUGCGGUGCAGGAUAGCCCAGUGUGGAUGGAUUCCAGCACUACGGAACAGUGCCAGCUCCUGGAGCAAGCUGUAGGAGGAGCCCAGCACCUGGCUGACAUCACUGGCUCUCGUGCUUAUGAGAGAUUCACUGGAAAUCAGAUAGCCAAGAUUUGCAAGACAAAACCUGAAGCAUACAAGGAAACAGAGAGAAUUUCACUGGUCAGUAGCUUUGCUGCCUCUGUCUUCCUUGGUGACUAUGCUCCAAUAGAUUACAGUGAUGGAUCAGGGAUGAAUUUGAUGGACAUCUUUACAAAAGAGUGGGCACCACAAUGCUUGAGGGCCACAGCAACCCAGCUGAAGGAAAAAUUGGGCUCUCCAGUUCCUUCCUCAACAGUUCUGGGUUCCGUGUCUCCAUACUUUGUCCGGCGCUAUGGGUUCUCACCAGACUGUAGAGUUGUAGCAUUCACAGGUGACAAUCCAGGGUCCUUGGCAGGAAUGAGACUCAAGGAGGGAGACAUUGCAGUGAGUCUUGGUACAAGUGACACAAUUUUCCUAUGGAUCAAGGAUCCCAAGCCCGAUGUAGAAGGACACAUUUUCUGCAAUCCAGUUGACAGCCAGGCGUACAUGGCUUUAUUAUGUUUUAAAAAUGGCUCACUUACAAGAGAGAGAAUCAGGGAUGAAUGUGCAGGAGGAUCUUGGGAAGAUUUCUCAAAAGCACUUCAAUCAGUACCAAUGGGGAACUCUGGAAAAAUAGGAAUUUAUUUUGAUGUAAUGGAAAUCACACCAGCGGCAGAGGGGGUACACAGAUUUAAUAGGGAUAACAAAAAGGUUGUGGGAUUCCCAAAGGAGGUGGAAAUUCGAGCUUUAAUCGAGGGACAGUUCCUGGCAAAGAGAGUUCAUGCUGAAAACCUGGGCUAUAAAAUCACCUUGAACGUCUUGGACACUUGGACAUGGACUGCACAGAGUGGUGCAGGACCCCACAAAGCUCAUCAUCUUUUGGAUUUGGAAUAUGCUAAGUCAGUUCCUGGAACUAGGGUCCUGGCAACUGGUGGAGCAUCAGCAAACAAAGACAUUCUGCAGGUUCUUGCAGAUGUAUUCAAUGCUCCAGUGUACACAAUUGACACAGCUAAUUCAGCCUGCCUUGGGUGUGCUUACAGAGCCAAGCAUGGGUUUGUUGCUGAGAAAGGUGUGCACUUUGCUGAAGCUGUUGGACAAGCCUUGGAACCUAAGCUUGCAGUGUCACCAACACCAGGAGCAGAGCAGGUGUUUGAGCCAUUGCUGAAGCGAUAUGCAGACCUGGAGAAGAAAGUCUUCCUGGAAUCAAAGCAAUGAAGUCAGUCAAACAACUACUUUUCUCCUGUGUACCUUAUUGAUUUACAAGUUAAUAAAUAAAUUAAAUCUCAAAAAGGAAAAAGUACAGAUUAUACAGUAUAUGGUAUAUACACUUGAAACCAUUUUAGCUGAAAUUCAUUUAGAGGCACAGCUUAUGUUCAAUGUUUAAAUGUUUAAUAGCAAAUAUUUGCACUGGUUGGAAAUCCAUCUUGUUCAUGUGCAAAUCUUCCUUUUAGUGAUGUUGUGAAAAGGGUGAAUAAGAUCAUAUUCAUAACAAUUGGUUUCUUUCACACACAAAAAAUACAAUGGAUCCUUUGAGAUGGUAGCAGCGGGCAUAUUGGUUGAUUUUCACUUUCAUGUGUUAUUAGCAGUGCUUCAUGCUGUCAUCUGUGAAAUUUAAUUUUGUAUUGUUAGAGAAAUAAAAGCCUCCUUUUAUGUGAAUGAAAUUGUCAUAUUCAUGGUAGCAAGCACAAAGUAGGCUAGUUUAAACAUUUUUUGCUAUGUAUUAGUAAUCUGCAUUUGCACAGGACUUUUAUUGUAGACAUUUUAUUAAUAAUUCACAAUGUACUGAAAACUGCAAUCCAUUUCCAUACCAAAUAUAAAAACAUGCUCACCUUUAAUAAAUGAUACAGUAUAUACUGUAGCUGAAACUUCA